AGAGGAUGUGUCUGGCAGAGAGAGAGUGUGUGUGUGUGUUUGGGUGAAAGAGGAAAGCCGUCAGUAGAAUGGAUAUGUGCCCUCUCUCCUCCAGCCUCUCUUCUUCACUGUCUCAUCCCUUUAUUUCUUCACCUCCUCUGAGUUGCUCCCUGGGAACCCUGGCUGCCGGUCCUCGGGGACAAGGAGACUCUGCGGCUGAAAACUGACCUUCAAUGUCAGCAGGGGAUCAGAAGAGUGUUGGUGACAAACCAGAAGACAGGGUGUCAGUGGCUGAGGUAUGGCCAGAGGUGGCGAGGGCCGAGUGUUUGGCGCGCGGUGCAGCCCUGAAGUGGGCUUCAGGUGUGUUCUGUCGACCUGAGCAUCUGGAGCGCCUGAGCCAGUACAAGAAGAGAGAGAGUCAGAGGACCACGUCCAUUCACACCAGACUAAAGUCCAUGGUCCAGUCCUACCUGGAGGGGGUCGGCUGGGGUCUGGAGCAGCUCAGGGAGGCCAGAACAGAGCUGAAGGAGGUGUCUCAUGCUCUGAAGAAAGCAGGACUGGAGUCUAAUGGAAACACAGACGGAGUGAAGUCCCUGGAGAGGCUGAGAGAAGUGUCCAUCAAUCACAGUCAGCUGCUCUCUGCCGUCAGCAACCUGCCACGACUUUACUCCGUGCGCAGCAUGGUGCUGGAGACAGAGCGUCUGGUGGAGUCCCGGCGGCUCCUGGAGGCCCACGCCCGGCUGAUGGAUCUGGAGCGCUGGCAGGACGACAUCCUCUGGCAGCUUCACGGAGCUGCUGGGUUGGCAGGAAGUGCCCUCAGCGCGGAGGACCAGGAGCUGGUUGAUACAUAUUUCUCCGGUGUUGGGCAGCUGGUGGAUGCUCUGGGUAAGGAGCUGUGGGCGGUGGUGAGUAGUGCUCUGGCCCUGGCCAGACAGAACCCCACACCCUUUGUAUCAGCUGUGAGGAUAGUGGAGAGGGAGGAGGUCCUGGACCAAGCUUUACUAGAGGAGCGAGGGGGGACCAGAGGCAACACAAGACCCCUGCCCCCAGGAAGACCUCGCUGCUGGAGAGCGAGCUUCUUCCAGGUACUAGAGGAGGCAGUUUCUGCACGCUUCCGUAGUGUCUCCUACCUGCACACACGGGGUCCAGGUCUGGCUGGUCACCUUUCUGCUCUUCAGCAUGGCAUCAUGGCCGACCUGGCCACAGUACGCCACCUACUGGAGCACUGUGUCCCAUCACACUACCGGCUGACAGGAGCCUACCUGAAGGCCAGCCACCGCUGUUUACAUGCUCACCUGGCACAGGUCAGCAGCUGGGACCUGGAGAGUGGAGAGAUCUUUGCUGUGCUGAACUGGGUGCUCCACAUCUACAACAGCCCAGACAUGAUGGGAGAUCCAGAGCUGGUGGCUGAGAUGGAGAGAGAAGAACUCAGCCCUCUUAUCUCCUCUGAGGGACUGGAGCAGCUGCAGAACAAAUAUGUGCAGAGCGUCAGGAAGAGUGUGUCAGAGUGGAUGCACAAAGCUCUGCAGGUGGAGCUACAGGACUGGCAGAGAGACCAGGAGCCAGAUACAGACCAUGAAGGGUUCUACCACACCAGCCUUCCCACCAUCAUCACACAGAUGCUGGAGGAGAACGCUCGGGUGGCUCUGAUGAUCGGAGACUCAUUACGAGAUCAGACCAUCCAGAUGGGAUUGUAUGAAAUGGAGAACCUCCUCAACAGGUUUCGGGAAGCUCUGGUACAAUUUGGGAAGGAUCAUCGCAGGGACCCGAGCAGCAACAAAAACAAGUUCUACCUCCACUACCUGCUGGCCUCCAUCAGCAACUGCAUCAUCCUCAAACAGUCCACAGAGAGCCUGAGGCAGCAGCAGUCGUCCCGCUCGGUGGGGCAGUUCUCUCGGACUCCUCCCAACCCUCUGGCGGCUCUUGAUCGAGCUGUGAGACGGGCGUGUCGUCUGGUGAUGGAUCAACUUCAGCUAGACCUUCAGCCUCUCCUCCCAGGCCUGCUGACCCGACCCUGGCUGGUCCAGGGGGACCCCGUCCCAAAACUGUGUCAUAUCCUGGAGCAUCACCUAGAGCUCUACAACUGUGUUCGACCUCCCUGCAGACAGCGUCUGCAGGAGGAGGCCCAGUGGCUGAUGGUGGUGGAGUACGUCAGGGCUCUGAUGCAGAAGAGGCUGGUGUGUCGAAACACUGAGGAGAGGAAGCAGCUCGCCCAGCAGAUGGUUCAGGACGAGCAGCACUUCAGAGAGAUCUUCCAGGGUCUGGAUGGUGAAGGGUCAGAGCCUGAGGUGAAUCCUCUGGCCUUACUCCCUGUGCUGGCUGAUUUCAUCCGGCUGAAGGAUCCUGGCAUGCUCACUCUGGAGGUUUCUGGACUUGCAGCCAAGUACCCUGACAUCAGUGAAGAACACGUCUCUGUGCUGCUGGACAUUCGUGGGGAUGUCUCACGGGACAUUAGAGGAGCUGUACUGGACUUGUUGGAGCAGAGUGCCCCCCCUCUGCCUGUAGGGUACAGACCUAUCUUCACUGACAUCCUGGUUCGUCCCUCCACCCUGGCCUUCUGCCUGCCCACUGCUAAGUGUGCCUGAAAUGAUGGAGUGAACUCGACACAGAGGAUCUGGUCUUUGGACAGAUCAUUGAUCCAUCUACAUUAUGAUGGAUCCAAUAUGAAGGUGAAUUUGUUCCUGCUGAGUUUCAUGGUUUGUUCAUGGAACCUGUGGUCCGCUCAGAAACUCUUUCCGUAUCCAGAGAGCAUCAGUUGAGGUGCUUUUUUUUCUGUAGCACCAUCCUGCUUUACACAGACUAUUAAACACACAUCAUUCAUUCUGGGGGCUGAA